AAACAAGAAUGAAUCCAAACCUUUUCGGAUCAAUUGCGCUUGUGUCACGAAGACCAAUCGCCAACAAUAACGGACCAUGAAUAAAAAUGAAGGAAAUUUAGACGCGAGUGAACUGGAUGCGUUGCUGGCGCAUCUACCGCAAGAAGAUUUACUGGAGGCACUCGGCGAUGAAGCUGAAUACGAAAGCUCUUCUCGCCCGGGACAUCGUAAGGCUCAAUCGCUGUUUGUCUUUCCGACCGGCCAACGCAAGCGGGGGAGACAUCAUCGUCACAAGUCGUCUAUGGGUCAACUUUUCGAUUCCAUUUCGGGAGAGCUACUCUCAAUUGCGGAAGGCGUUCAGGCUGAGGCACAAGUUUUGAAGGGAACCUUUCGAGAAGAACUCGAAGAUGCCGACCGCGGAAAAACGUUCUUUCUAGACAUGUCGAUGACACGUUCCAUGUCAGUACUUCCAGAGGAUAUUCAAGAUCUUGCAGAAGAAGCUACCGGAGUUCAGCAACAAGACGGUGCGCCUCCAGACGCGAGCGUAGCUGGUCGCUAUGCUUCGCUUUUUACCGCUGUAUUAGCUGUUUCAAGUAACGGCACGGCGCUGGCCCUAUUGGAUGGGGUGAAUCCGGCGCUUAAAUUGCAAUGGCGUAUGACAGCCACGGCACUUGUAUUGUCGUUUUUUGCUAGCCGAACUUUGCUAAAGGAAGGCUUUCCGAAAUUGAGCACGCUGCAGCUGUUUACUUUGAUGGGCGCAAUAAUUUGUUUUUUCUUCAUGACUCUACUACUGUAUACAGCAUUGGAAUAUACUUCGAUUGGGAACGCUGUAAUUGGAGCCAAUUCACAGGCCCUCCUUUUGAUUCUGGGAAAGUUCCUGGUUGGUCAAAAGGUCUUGGCCCUUGAAGGACUGGGAGUCGUCGUAGCAUUUGGCGGGUGCAUCUUAUGCUCGGGUGAUGAAGCUUCCGACCUCAAUGAUGAGAAGAAAGCAAGUACAGCGUUGUUUGGAGAUAUGUUGGCAUUUGCUUCAGCUGCAGCCGGCGUACUCUAUUUGACAUUCGCCAAAGCUGUGCGAUCUGAGAUUAGUGUUACCGUCUUUAUGUUCUUGGUGACGUCUUGUGGCUCACUCUUGACAUUAUUCUAUCUGAUUCUGAGUGGAGCAGACUUAAGCUGGUCAACCGAUCCCCACAUUGGCGCGUUUGGUUGGAUCAAUCUUUCUGGGCAACGUCUUUGGAUUCUGAUACAUGUGGCUCUAGUGUGCAACAUCAUGGGAACCAUGGGUUUUGUUCGAGCCAUGCAAUAUUUUGACAAUAUCAUCAUUGCUGUUGCUACUUUGCUCGAACCGUUGACUGCAACGCUAAUAGCGUACUCUUUGCAUGUUGGGGAUCUACCGGGGCCGCUUGGAUGGCUCGGAAAUACUCUUGUCAUUUUGGGAACUUUGCUCGUAGUAUACCCGUCGAUCGACAAACCGAUGGUCCACUAG